UAAGUUCGCAACUUCUUACAAAAAGUUUUGAAGAUAAAAUUUACAGAACACAUCGAAUUACCGUGUGCUUGUAAUAAAUUGUGUAGUUAAUAUUAUAUAUAUAUAUAUAUAUAGAAGAAUUACAUAAGAAGAUAAAUACAUAUAAAGAAGUUUAGCAAAAACAUAUUAAAGAAAUUCAGAUCCUCUAAAAACCUUUUAUAUUAUAUUUAAACACUGUUAUUAUUUUGUAUCUAAAAUGUCUUGGUUUAAAACACUUAAAAAAUCAGAAAAGAAGACUUCUGGUGUUAAAUAUAAUGAAAACGUAUUUGUACCAAAAUCUCAAAAAGUUCAUAACAAAAAAGGAAAAAUUCAAUACAUUGUUGAAGCGUUUGAAGAAAACGCAAAAUCUUCGAAAUCUUUUCCCGUUGAUUGCUCCCCUCAAUUUUUGACUUAUUUAAAAGGUAAAAUAUUAAUUACAAGUCAAACAGAUACAAUUAAAGUCUAUGAUCCCAGUGGUACCCAUUUAGAAUCAAUACAUGCUGAGCACAAAGACUCCAUUCUAUCGGGUUUGGCACUUAACUCUACGGAAAACAGUUUAUUUUUAUGCGAUGCUCGAAGUCAAUCCCAAGCUCGCGUUCAAAUAUUUAACAUCAAAGAAGAUAUUCAACCAGUUGCACAUAUUGGACAAGGUCUUUUUCAAGCCCCACACGGAAUUUGCGUUACAAAAAGUAAUAAGACACUUGUAACAGAUGUCGAACGUAGAGAGAUCUUCAUUAUCGAGGAUGAUGGUUACCAUGCAAGCGUAUUUGGUGGAAUCGGCCAACGUCCUGGUCAGUUUAUGUUUCCGCACGAUGUUGUUUUUGAUGAGGUUCAUAAGAGAAUUAUAGUUUCAGACACUUUAAAUCACAGACUGCAAGUAUUUAGUGAAAGCGGUAGGUUUAUGGAUAUUGUUGAAUAUGACAAAAAUGGAAAGCGCCUUUUUUCGUGCCCUACAAGCCUCAAAUUUGAUAACGAUAAUCAUUUAGUUGUUUGUGACAACGGUGCUAAUUCUUUGAAAAUUUUAAAUCAAGAUAUGCAACUAAUUAAACAAAUACCUCUUGGUAAUACACAAAAGCCAUCAGCGGUUACAAUACUUCCGUUAGGAAAACUUUGUGUUGCUUGUGCUGUCCAAUCCACGUUACUGAUAAUCUAAACUAAAAAUUUUUUAAAAGAAUUUUCUCUUUGCAUAUUAACAUAUUAAUUUAUAAAAACUAAAAACACUACUUCUAACUUAGAAUGUGAUGUUAUUAAGUUAUAAAUGGAACUAGUUAGGAUGUUGUAUGAGAAAGUAAUAAUUUAUUAUCGUGUGUUUAACCAUUAUAAGUAAGAUUAAGAAAUUUUAUUUGGUUUUAUAAAUUUAAAA